UGUAAACGUCAUCUUUUCUUCUCCUUUGUUUUGCCGCGUAUUUGUUUGAAAUAUAUUUUUGUGAAUAAAUUUUAAAAUCUUCUUUAUAUAUAUAUCUCCAGGUUAACUAAAACGUACUUGCGGUUUAAAUUGUUCCCAAAUGCAAUUGGAAUCCAAUGAUUUACGAGCAGCCAAACGAAUACUUGCCAAACUAGUCGAUGACGCACUGCUGGAGUACGAGCGUAAUUUGGCUGAUUUAGAUGAAGAUUCAAAUUUGGAAGCACUACUGAACCACCUAUUCCUGCAACUCAAAUCACUUUUGGGAGAUAUUCUUGUUGAAGCUUUGAGCAUUUUGGACGAGCAAAGUAUUCAAAUAUAUACAUAUGAAAAUAGUGAGCUUGCGGAAAUACAAAUAAGACGUCAGCAGUGCAAGAGCUCAAUUUGGUUGUUUCCACGCGUCAACUACUGUACUUGUACUCAAUUCAAAGUGGGUGUGUUGGGAUUACCAGACGAAUUGCAACCAGCGAGCCAAACUUCUCACAGUGAAAAAUUAGAAAGAAUAAUUACUUGUGCACACGUUUUGGCAUUGCGUCUGGCACAGUUGUUGCACCCAUCUCCAUCAACUUUCAAAGUGGAGUCAGUGUCUGAGCAACAAUUUAAGAGUCUACAAGAACGAAUGCAUAGCAGUUUUAUAGAGAUACACGAAGAUAGCACGGAUUGACAAUAAUCGAAUGCAACAUUCAAAAACUCUUUAUGAGAAAGGCAUCUU